AUGGAUUCCCAGGGACAUGGGAACAAUAUUGCGAUGACAGGGUUCAUUUUACUGGGCUUAACAAAUGAUCCAAUUCUUCGAGUCAUCCUCUUCACGAUCAUCCUUUGUAUCUACCUGGUGACCAUAUGUGGCAAUCUCAGCACAGUCAUUCUUACCAGAAUCUCUUCUCAGCUCCAUCAUCCUAUGUAUUUUUUUCUGAGCCACUUGGCCUUUGCUGACAUAGGCUAUUCAUCUUCUGUUACACCCAAUAUGCUUGUGAAUUUCCUGGUGGAGAGAAAUACCAUCUCCUAUCUUGGAUGUGCCAUUCAACUUGGUUCAGUUGUUUUCUUUGUGUCAACUGAGUGCUUCCUUCUGGCUGCCGUGGCAUAUGAUUGCUUCGUGGCAAUCUGCAGCCCACUGCUUUAUUCCACCGAAAUGUCCACACGAGUUUAUGUUCAGUUACUCACAGUGGCUUAUGUAGGUGGUUUUCUCAAUGCUUGUUGCUCUUUUACUAUUUGCUUCUAUUAUUUACUUUUCUGUGGACCAAAUCGAGUCAAUCAUUUUUUCUGCGAUUUUGCUCCUUUGGUUGAACUCUCUGAUAUCAGUAUCCCCGCAGCUGUCCCCUCAUUUACAGCUGGCUCCAUCAUUGUGGUCACGGUGAUUGUCAUAGCCAUCUCCUACAUCUACAUCCUCAUCACCAUUCUGAAGAUGCGCUCCACCGAGGGGCACCACAAGGCCUUCUCCACCUGCACGUCUCACCUCACAGCAGUCAUUCUGUUCUAUGGGACCAUCACAUUCAUUUAUGUGAUGCCCAAGUCCAGCUACUCGACUGAUCAGAACAAGGUGGUGUCUGUGUUCUACAUGGUGGUGAUCCCCAUGUUGAACCCCCUCAUCUACAGCCUGAGGAACAGUGAGAUUAAUGAGGCUCUGAAGAGAGAGCUUUGUUAA